AUGGUAGUGGAGCUGAGGGUGACUCUGAGAUUCACUCAGAAUGAUCUAAGAAACACCAAAGAUCUGCUGUACAAAAUAGAGACAGAAAAUGAUGCCCAAGACAGAGAGAUGACAGCUGUGACGACUGAAAUGAAGAACCUGAUCAAGGACAAUUUAGCACAGGAUUCAGAGCUGACAGAUGUGAAGACCAGACUGGCUGUAAGUGAAAUUGAAGUGGUGAAUUUGGGGAAGGAAGCUGCAGCACAGACAGCUGAUCUGAAGUCAGCAACUGAGAGACUAGCAGCCACUGAGACUGACAUGGAGGCCGUGAAGAAAGACACUGCAGAUCAACACACAGACCUGACCACUAUGAAGACUGAAGUGAUGAACCUGAAGAUGGAACUGUCUGCCAGUGAGACUGAGGUGGAGAAACUCAAGAUGGAAGACGCAGCACAAGAUUCAGAGCUGACAGAUGUGAAGACCAGACUGACUGCAAGUGAAACUGAAGUGGUGAAUCUGAAGAAGGAAGCUGCAGCACAGACAGCUGAUCUGAGGUCAGUUGCUGAGAGAGUGGCAGUCACUGAGACUGACAUGGAGCACGUGCAGAAAGACACUGCAGCACAACACACAGACCUGACCACUACGAAGAUGGAAGUGCUGCACCUAAAGAUUGAACAAGCAGCACAAGAUUCAGAGCUGACAGAUGUGAAAACCAGACUGUCUGCCAGUGAGACUGAAGUGGUGAAUCUGAGGAAGGAAGCUGCAGCACAGACAGCUGAUCUGAGGUCAGUGACUGAGAGACUGGUAGCCACUGAGACUGACAUGGAGAACGUGAAGAAAGACACUGCAGCACAACACACAGAGCUGACCACUAUGAAGACUGAAGUGAUGGACCUGAUCAAAGAACAAGCCGAACAAGAGGCAGAGCUGGAAGUCCUGAAGAGAAGGAUGGAGACUGGUGAAGCCCAAGUGGAGACCAGACUGUCUGCCAGUGAGACUGAGGUGGAGAAACUCAAGAUGGAACAAGCACUGGAGAAGGGAGAUGUCGUUAACAUGCAAAUCCCUCCAGGCAAAAAGCUCUAUGAUAGUUCUAGUAACCACAGCACCUUCAGUGGCUUCCUGCUCUUUGUUCUAUAA